AUGUCUGAUACUAUGCCUAGAACGUAUACCUGUUGCGUUCCAUCUUGCGGUGUCAAAUUGAAAAUCGACGAAUUUUUCUAUUUUCCGACCAACCCAGAUACACGUCGAUCUUGGAUAGCUGCUAUACCAGAUUUGUAUACAGCUAUAGGUCAGAAAUCUGUAAUUUGCAAGGUACAUUUUGGUGUACAAGGGCAAUUAGGAUUUCACGAGUUGAAUCCACCUCAUAUAUUCCCAUCGCCGAAACCACGUGUCUAUUUUCCGAAAUAUAUGUUUAUGUUACCAUCCAGAGAUGUUGUACCGGAAACUUUUGCGGAUUGUGAUGGAAUUAAUAUUGCGGAUUUUAUUUUGGAUUUUAGCUUGAUAAGAUUGAAAUAUAAACAAAAGCUGGGCGUUUUAGUGCGACAAUGGCAGGUUAUAAAUUCUCCGAAUACAAUUACUUUUUAUAAAAUGAAACAAGAAACGAUAGCAAAAAUAAAAUGCAGUGUUCGAAUUAACUCACAGUUGCAAGUAGAAGUCAUACUCGGUGGUAAAAAAAUGGAUCCGUUGGAUUUGACUUGGGUUCUUCCGCCGUAUUCGAAAAUUACCAGAUGGUCCCAAUUGAAAUUGUUACUUUAUGAAUUUAGUACUAGCAAUGAAACUAUAGUGUAUGAAGUUAAUAUUGUAUAAUAUAUUUAUGAAAUAAGA